AAUAAAAUUGUUUUCCAUGUUGGCAGCAAGAGGGGAAAAAAAUAAAGUUUUGAAUGAAUAGAUAAGCCAAGAAAAAAGAAAAAGGAAUGAUUUGCUAGGUAGCUUCUAAUAUUUCAUAUAUUUAAUACUGUAAUUGACUCUUGUUUUCUAUUUCAACUGAAGUCUCUUUCUCUCUCUAUGGUUUUGUAUGAAAAGAUAGAAAGUUCUGCUUUUGUGUGGAUUGAUUCAUAGCACCACAAAGAACUACAUAUCAUUUAUUUCUUAUGAUUAUUGGCUCUAGCUUCUCAGAAAAAUUGAUGGGAAAGAAGAAAAUUGUGAAGAAGACAAAGGAGUUAUCAGUAGCAAUAGCAGAAUCAUCAGCAAUGAGUGGAGACUCUCAACAACAACAGAUUACUCCUAGGAAAAGAGGAAGACCAAGGAAAAUUAUUGUAAAAGAUGAAGAAGAGGCAACUGGAGAAGUAAAGAAACUCAAAACAAAUGAAGGUGAAGAAUCAGAAAAUAAAGGAGCAGAAGGAGAAAAGAAAGAAGCAGAAGAACAAUCUGAAGAGAAAAAAAAUUUACAGCCACAAAAUCAGCAACCUGCAGCAAGGAGCAGAGCUAGAAGAAAAAGCAAGCCAAGAAAGAGCUGCUAAAAAUCAAUUUCAAGUAUGUCAUUUUCUUUGAAGUAGAGUCUUGACGCAACGGUCAAGUUGUUAUAGGUCACGGGUUCAACCCGUGGAAUCGCCACUGAUGCUUGUAUCAGAGUAGGUUACCUACAUCACACCAAAUGGGGUGCAGUUUUGCCGGACUAUGCGUGAACGAGGGAUGCUUUGUGCAUCGGACUGUUUUUUUUUUUUUUUUUUUCGCCUCAUUUUCUUUGUGGGUAAUUUUUUAUCCUUGUGUUGUUAGGAUUUUUAUUUUAGUAUGUCCAUUUUAACUGUGAGAAACAUUUUGUUAGGAAGGAAAUGGUUAGCUUUUACACUCUGGAUUGAAUUAUUGACUGUAAUGACUUUUGUGUAAAGUGUGCUCAAUUCAAGAAAGUUGGAUAAACACUCUGUA